CUAACACAACCUUAUUCCACCUACUGUCCACCUGCUUUUGGUUCACCCUCUAUAAUUGCCUGAUAUAAUAGUCCCUCUCAACUGAUUGUUUGUCACUGCGACUUCUUACGUCACACACUAACAUAUACGCCUUCCGGUUUCUCAGUUGAAUUGGUCUCCGGUAAACAAUCGGGGUUGACUGAAUCAACUUAUCAAGGCUCAGUUCGGAAGUAGCUACUGUGUUGUUCGGAUGUGUCAGCUGUGCGUAAAAUUGAGCGUUUAUUUUCUGAAAACAACGCUCAGCUCUGAAUCAGUGUUGCCAACUGUAGGGUAAUUGCCCUACACGUAAUCUGGGCAAAAUCUUAGACAGCAGGGCAAUAUUUUCCAGUGUAGGGUGAUUGUAGGUUUAGAUCAGUAUGCUUAUUAGUAUUCAUGAUAUUGCAUAUAAAGAUAAUCUAAAGAUUUAUUUAUUAGCAUAGCAGAAUGCUGGGUCAUUUACAGUUAUGUAGGAUAAUUUCUCGUCUCAUAUAGGGGGCGUAGGUUAGGGGGGUUGGCAUCACUGCUCUGAAUGUGUUUCAUAGCCACGUAAUUUCUAAGAUAAUUGCUCUAAUACGGUUAAGAGUUGUUUACUACAGCCCAGAUUCUCGUCGAAGUUCCGUAAUAGCUUGUUGAGGUUUCUUAUUGAAGUAGUUAAAGGGAAUAUUGUUACGAUAACGAGAUGGAGUGAAAAAUGAGAAAUUUGUUUUAUGUGGAGGUUACUGCAAGCUGAAAUAAAUUUCAGCGGAAUACAAUUUAAUAUAGGUAGACAACUUUUGAAUGAUUCGUUAUCUAAAGUAAAUUUCUAAAAAAAUACAAUUUCAUAAUGUAGGAUAAUUUUAGAAAGAUAUUCUUAUCACUGCUGAGGUUAUUAUUCAGAUGUCUGGCCACAGGAACUCGGAUAUCUACAAAGGAGUCAGAAAACACUAUCGGUAAUAAGGAAACCAUAACCAAGAAAAAGGAGUCAGAAAAAAAGUCAUAGAAGAAAAGUUAUAAGAAAAAAGUUUCAGGAAAAGUCACAAUAAUUUAUGGUGAUGGGUGAUUAAGUUUCAGGAAAACAGUAACCUAACCUAACCAAACUUAACUUAACCUAACCUAACCUAUCCUAUAAUCUAACCUAACCUAUAACCGAACCUAACGUAAACCAACCUAACCAAUAACCUAACCUAACCUAUACUGUAACCUAAGCUAACCCAACCUAAUCUAUAACUUAACCUAACUAACUCAAAACAGCCCAACCUACCCUAACUUACCUAACCUAACCUAGCCUAAGCCAACCUAACCUAAAUAUAACCUAACAUAAACCAACCUAACAAAUAGCUUAACCUAACCUACCUAGCCUAGCUUAACCUAUAACCUACCCUAACCUAACCUAUAGCCUAGCCAAAGCUAACCCAGCUUAACCAAUAACCUACCCUAUAGCCUAGCCAAAGCUAACCCAACCUAACCUAUAACCUACCCUAACCUAACUAACACAACCCAGCCAAACCUAACCUAACAUAACAUAAACCAACCUAAUCAGUAACUUAACCUAAGCUACCUAACCUAACCUUUAGCCCAGCCAAAGCUAACCCAACCUAACCUAUAAGCUACCCUAACCUAACCUAACUUAACCUAACUAACAACCCAACCCAGCCUUACCUAACCUAAUUUAAGCCAACCUAACCUAACCCAAACUAAACCUAUAGCCUAAGUCGACCUAACCUAUUAUGUAACCUAAUGUAAACCAACCUAACCUAUAACCUACCCUAAACUAAACUAACUUACCUAACUAACCCAACCCAGCCUAACUUAACCUAACCUAACAACCUUUUGAGAUGUACAUAUCUCCAUGGACAGAACAAAACACCAGUGACCUUAAAACCUCAGCAACUAAAGGAAAAGGAAUAUUGCAGAAACGGUCAUGGAGAUGUGGGAGCCAACGUGUGUUUGUGAUUCGGCCGUAAGGCUCUAGAAUAUUAAAACGAGGAACUGUGAUGGACUGGACUAAUUACUAAUCAACAUUCACUCAAACUAGAAUAAUUAAUAAUACUAAAAUAACUUAAAGUUGUAGAUUUUUUUGUCAGUAUUGGAAAGACAAUGCAGGUUAAAAAUUGACUGUGACCGCACCUGGGUUGGAGUAUUAUAAAGUGCAUUUAGAAAAGAGUAAGUCAACUUCUGAGUGUAAACAUUAGAAUCAUUGAAAAACUUUGAGUUUGAAUUGAAUGUUACAACCAUUAUGGAAAUAUAUAAUCCUUCUUAUUGUGUCCGCGUAACUCGUCACACGGUAGCCAGCAACAGUUAAAGCAAACCAGAUCCCAUAGAGCAGGAGACUGCCGAUGGCAGAGCCAUUUUCAUUGACCUUUCCCCUCUUGAUACCACUGGGACUUUAAACCAUCUAUGGCGAGGAACUCGACGAAUGGUCGUCCAACCAGCAUGUCAGCAUCAAACGGAAGCCGCAGCGAAGGCGGGCACGGCAAAGGGGCCGGGGGCGCCUCGGGCAACAGCAAGAAGAAAAAGAAAUUCGGCGUCUUCACCAAGACCAGUCUGCCCAACCUGAAGGAGAACUCGAGGGCCGAGCUGCUGAGCCCCUGUAGUGACGAAGUUCCUUCCCCGAGGGACCUCAGUAGUAGCGGGGAGGUCCUGACCAUACCCAAUUCGGCGUCGUCACCUUCCCCGACUGCUUUCCUCCCGGAGGCUUUCCUUACUGACGCCACCGUCAGGAAGGACCUCACCUGCUGUAAUGGCACCACCCCCAACGGAGUCAAGAUUCACAGGACUCACAGAAUGCGGAGAUGGCGAGAGCGGGUCCUCUGUGUCAUUGUCUUGAUUUUGCUCCUGGUGUGCAGUGGUCUCAUCACCAUUAUAAUUACAGACCGUCUGAAGGACGUCCCCAUCCCGAAGGAGGAAGUGUGCACGACCCCAGAGUGCCUGCGCGCGGCUUCUCGCCUUCUAGACCGCAUGGACCGGACGGUCUCCCCCUGCAGCGACUUCUACCAGUUCGCCUGCGGGAAUUACCUCCACGAAAACGUGGUUCCAGACGACUCCUUGUACAGGUCCGCCAUGCAGGAAAUGCAGGAGGACGUCCUCGUUAUCAUCAAGAAAAUGUUGGAUCUUCCCCACGGUGACAACGACACCGACGCCUUUGGAAAAGCCAAGAGACUUUAUCAUUCUUGCAUGAACACCAGUUUCACAGUCCAUGAGAAAGACAUGGCAGACUCUCCUAUAUUCGACCUACUAACGGCCGAGCAGCUUGGGGUCUGGCCCAUUCUCGUUGGAGCGGAUGACUGGAACGACGAGCAGUACAACCUGGAACGCCUUCUGGCACAGCUGACCUUGUAUCAAGUACACACGUUUCUAGACUCGUAUAUCACUCCUGAUGAAAGGAAUUCUAGCAUGUACACCUUACAGUUUUACAAAGGAUCACCUGCGUUAGCGAGAAAUUACUACCUCAACACUAGCAACGAGGAAUACGCUGGAUACUUAUCGGCCUACAGAGCACUCAUGGAAGAAACCGUUACUUCGCUGGCCGGCGGACAGUCACCAAAUACCUCACACAUAGAUGAACUUAUUGCGUUCGAGACCAAGUUUGCGAUGAUCUCAGACAGCAGAAGCUGCGGGUCACUAGGGGAGUCGGGUAACAUGACAGAAAAUUUGCUGGAGGAAGAAGAGACCUCUGGCAGGAUGACGGUGGCGCAGCUGGAGCAGAUGGUACCUGAAAUAGCUUGGAGUCGGAUGCUAAGAUAUACGCUAGAGCAGUACGAGCUAGAAUUAGACGUCGACUCACUGAUCAUUACUCUCCAUUGUAACGCAUAUAUACCGGACCUGGUCAAACUCCUCACUGCCACUCCGAAAAGGGUCAUCGUGAACUACUUGCUUUGGAGAUUUGUUUUACGCUACAUGCCAUAUAUUAGCAACUAUUUUCAGCAGCUGUGGCAGCAGUUUAGAAGUGAGGUACCGGAUCCCUUUGAAGAACGUACGUACAUCAGUCGCUGGAAGGAAUGUGCAGCACUAGUCAACGAAGGCUUUGGAGCAGCGCUUGCCAGAAUGUAUGUUGAGCAACAUUACGACCAGAAAAUUUCAGGAGAGAUUGAUAACAUGGUCGAGGAGGUUCGAACAGCCUUCCACAUAGGCAUCUUGAUGCGACAUGGACUGGAUGGGAACCAGGCAAAUGAGCAAGUCUGUAGCGACAAGUUAGACAUAAUGGGUAAAAAGAUAGGUUAUCCAGAGUACAUAGAAUCAACAGAACUACUAGAUGCUGAGUUUGAAGGGCUGGAGAUCCUGGAAGAUCAUUUCCUCAAUAACAUAUUGAGAAUGAAGAAACACGAAGUUUGGAAGGAACUCCAGAAGCUCUCCCGGCCAGUCGACAAGAAGAGAGAUUGGUUAAUACAGCCCCUGGUCGUGAAUGCAUUUCAUAAUCCUACAGCAAAUGAAAUCAUCUUACCACUUGGGAUUCUUCGGGAACCUUUUUACAAUCCUGGAUACCCGAUGUACCUGAACUAUGGAAGUCUUGGCGUAGUGGUGGGGCACGAAUUAGUACAUGGUUUCGAUAAUCAUGGAAAGCGAUACGAUAAGCACGGAAAUGUAUCUCAGUGGUGGAGUGACGAAAUGGCAGAGCAGUUUACAGAGCGAGCAGCGUGUUUCGUCGAACAGUACAGCCAAUACCCAAUUGAAAUGGUUGGCAAAAAUGUGGAUGGCAAUGAAACUUUGGGGGACAACAUCUGCGACAACGCUGGGGUACUGAAUGCGUGGCUUGCCUACACUCGCUGGAGGGACAAAUAUGGCUCGGAGCCUAGUUUGCCUGGGAUGGAUUAUACAGUGCCCCAGAUUUUCUUCAUCACUUUUGCACAGAUCUGGUGCGAGGUGGUCAGUAAAGAAGGCUAUGAAAAAUAUAGCAAAGACAUGCACAGCCCCGGAAUCUAUCGUGCCAACGGAGUGGCUCAAAACUCCGUCUUUUUCGCCGAAACCUGGAACUGUCCUCUGGGUUCCCCCAUGAACCCGGAGAAAAAGUGUCACUUGUGGGUGUAGUGCGGUGUAGCAACUGACAUUCCAGGACGCACAGAAAUAUCUGAAACGACUUUUCACUUCAUUUCCCGAAUGGAAAAAGGGACAGCUACUGCCAAUUAAUAAGAGUUUCACAAUAUUUGUGACAAUUAUUGCCGAGGAUCUGUAACAUCCAGGAAUACAUAAACGAUUCAUUACUAGGCUGUAAUGAGUUUGUAUUGUCUCGUGUUUUCUUGUAAAAUUUAUACAGUAGGAACUCCUGAAGAAAGUUUCCAAGCCUUCGUGGAUUUCUGGCCACUUAACAUCGCGUCAUUGUGCUUCUUUGUAUACACAAGAGAAAAACGAUAAAUGCUGUAGUAUUUGCUGUUGUCGAAACUGAAGAGAUAAAACAGUUUUACAUUUUUGUACAGUGUUCGUUCGUAGAAACCAUCGCCAUGGAUGAGAUCAAGUCAAUGUAACAAUGUCUUACCAAUAUCCCCCUUUGUCUUCUCUGUUUCAUCUGUAUAGAGAAGAUGGUUUCGUAUGGUUCGAUUUUCUUUGAAUGCAAGAAACUGCUACAACUCCUCGUGAGGUUUUCUUUUUCUAGAGGCAACGAAAAGCACUUUGCCACCCGGCUUAAAUCCUGGCUAAAAUGACUUUUUAACAAUUAAAUAAGGCAAAUAUCCCUAUAAUGACUUAACAAAUUAGAUGUGGAUUUCCAUAAAAUGACAUUGGAACUGAGUUCUUAAUCAUUUUCCUCCUGGUCCAGUUAACGUUUUGCACAGACUUUAUUAUAAUUGAAAUUGUUAAAUAUUCUGUCAUCGUUCAGCAUAAUACACUAAAGUGCAGUUCACGCAAUGUAAAAGACUUUGUACGAUUCUUUUUCAAGCAUAUUCCUAAACUCCAUGUAAAUCUUGUACAGUGUUGUACCCUUGUACAGUAUUUAGCUACAUAAAGAUAUUAUUAGUAUAGGUCAUCUAAUGUCCAAUAGAACAUCUAACCACUACAUUCAUUAAUAUUAGUCGUUCGUUCGGACUAGGAUUCAGUUAAGUUUCACAUAUAAUCAGCCUAGUGUGUUCAUGAGCCUUGAUUUCAUAUGGAGUUUGGGUGUAUAUACAGGUUCAUUCCAAGAAGGCGUCUACUUCUUUUUCUGAGUGACUAGCUUGAAUCUCUUCUCUCUCUCUCCCUCUCUCUCUUUCUGUAGCUACAUAGUUUCAUUUCUGAGCAAACCGAGACAGUGAUACGGACAAUCCUGUGCUGAUAGUCAAAGGCUAUUUUCAUAACAUGUUAGCUAAUGUUACUAGGGUAUUCCCUCAUAUUUAGAUUACUAUGUAACAUAUACUUUUGUCUUCUAAUCGAUAUCCAAUAUUCUGUGUAUUAUUGGGAUGAAGGAUAAAGGAUGAGGUUCUAUCAAAUAUAAAUGUGCAAAAAGGCAAGGAUAUUCUAAGAGCAAUGCUGUAAUCACGAACGCUAUAAGUUAGAGGUAUGCAAGUGGGCCUUUCUUUUAAUAAUAUGGUCAACAUAUUGAGAGGCUUGGUUCACAGAUGUCAGUUCACUAGGGCUGGAAUGAAAAAUUGAAAUAAAGACCUCAGCUCUAUGGUUUAAAAAUAAAUUUAGAGACAGUUCUGUGAACAGAUUGGUUUGCAGAACUGUAAGUAGGGAUGAAACUAUAGCUUUAAUUACCACUAUUUCCUCUAAACUUGGGUAACCCAAUAACAUAGCCCUUUUAUGACAUUUUCACGGAGUGGUUUGUGAUUGUGAAAUAUAUACCUCUUAUGAGAAGAGAUCAUAAUUUCUAAGAUAUCCUGGCAAACAACAGAAAAUCUUUUGCAAAGUCAGAUGGAGACACUUCAAUUAGAUUUGUGUCGAAUUUUAUUUUGAAAAGUCCCUUGUAUCAUUUCUAAUGGUCAAAUCCAUCAUAUAGAGGGUUCUUUGCUUCUACUUUUGUUUGUCAGUUGGUAUUUUAAAGAUUCUUAUAUUUUCAUUUAUAAGGCUGGAUCCUUCAUGUAGAGGACUCCUCUUCAUUAGUUUAGUGCAAAUCCUUUUAUUAUUUUUAAGGUUCCUAUUAAAAAAAGUUUUUGAUUGCUUAAGAAAGAUAACAACAGCACAAAAGACCAAUAAGGCGUUUUUGACAAUCUUGGGUUAUGAAGAUACAACCAGGGUUAUAAAGAUACAAUUUACAACCACCUCAUCCUUGCUACCCUACUUCCUAACAUGUUCUAUAUAACUGGUGGCUGGAUCCACAAACUGUACUAGUAGUAAAAAGAUAUACUAUAUAUAAAUAAAUAAAAAGCCAAAAAAAACCUUUAGUUCAUACUUUUAAACGAGCUUCAGUAUCACUCACAUAGUUAAAAGUUAUAGGGAGAUUACCCACGCCCCCUUUACAUGGCAGAAAUGUGUCUGUUAAUAAAGCUUGAAUUUAAGAGUAUGGAUGAAAGUGAUUUCCCUCUUCCCGUGUAGUCCAUAUUCAGACCAUUUACUACACGUCUCUGGUUGCAGGCCAUGGCUGGUCAAUCAUUGGCUCUGCUAUCAGGAGAUUUCCUCUCUACUUUUGUAAAAAAUUUUGCUGUUCAAAGACCUUCCCAUCACUGAAAUUGUGGAAAUAACAUUUGAACAAUGUUAUUGUUCAUGACACGGUAUCAUUUUUCUUCUACAACAAAUUAUCAAGUCACAGUGGACAGGGUUUUUUUAAAAAAAACGAACUUCGUUAAAAGGUAAAUUUGUGCACAUAAUUCAUUAAGAAAUUCCACGGAUGUGUGCUUGCAUAUUCCAUAAAGUA